ACCUUCACCCAAAGCCCUCAGGAACUCAGGAAGGAUUUUUUUGUUUGCAGUUUCUAAAACAAAAGGACCAAAGGGAUUUUUUUUUGCUUAUUUAUUUAUUUCAUUUACUUUUUUUUUUUUUUUUUUUUUACUUAUUUACUUUGUGGAGGUGAAUCAUGGCCAACGCUGGGAUACAGCUCCUUGGGUUUGCGCUGGCCUUCAUCGGCUUCAUGGGUUUGAUUGCAGCCACAAUCAUGGCAGAGUGGAAAGCCUCAUCCUAUGCAGGCGACAACAUCAUCACAGCUCAGGCCAUGUACGAGGGACUGUGGAAGUCUUGUGUAUCGCAGAGCACGGGUCAAAUUCAGUGCAAAGUCUAUGACUCACUCCUGCAGUUACCAGGGAUUGUACAGGGAACUCGAGGCCUGAUGGUGGCCUCCCUCUUGCUGUGUUUCAUCUCCGUCAUGGUGGCUACGGUGGGCAUGAAAUGCACCACCUGUCUGGCAGAGGAGCCUGAGCAGAAGGACAAAGUGGCCCUAGCUGGAGGGAUCCUCUUCCUCAUCUCCGGUCUGUGUGCUCUCGUGGCAACGUGUUGGUAUGGCAACAGAAUAGCACAGGAGUUCUAUGACCCCUUCACUCCCACGAACGCCAGGUAUGAAUUUGGAAAGGCCCUGUUUGUGGGAUGGGGAUCUUCCUGCCUCACCCUCAUAGGAGGAGCCUUCCUCUGCUGCAACUGCGGCAGCAAGCCCUCAGGGAAGCAUCCACGCUACCCACCAUCCCGCUCUGCAGGCCAGUCAGGCAAAGACUACGUGUAGGACUGGA